AUUGCCCCUAAUACCUUUGAGGCCAUUUAUGAUAUCUAUCGAGACUUUCAUGAGUUUAAGGACUCCAUCAACGUGAAAAAUCCCCUUAGGAUCAAACCUCACACCAUUACCUGGAAACCUCCUCCGACCAACCAUUUUACCUUGAAUGUCUCUCACACCUAUGUUGGUCACACUCAAAACUUUGGCUUCCUCAUUCGUAAUAACCAAGGGAGAUUGGUCACCCAUCUUUUUCAAAGCCUCUUCAACACCUCUAAACACAAAGCUUUCAUUGAGGCCUUACACUCUUUUUUUAAUUGUUGCAGGCACAAGUUAGGGAUGGACUGGGCCGGGCCGAACCGGCCCGGAACCGGACCGGCCCGCUACUGUGCGGGCCCGGACCGGACCGGGCCCGGUUGGCCGGUUCCGGGCUUUUAGCCCGUUUUGGCGGGUCGGGCGGGCCGGUUCCGGGCCCUGUUUUUGUUGAACCGGCCCGGGCGGUUCGGGCCGGGCCCGGUUCAUUUUUUUUUUUUUUUUUUUGGUUUUUUCAAUUUUUUUUCUUUUCCUAGGGUAGGGCUGGGUGUUUUAGGGAGGUUUGGGGCGUGGGGGUGAGGGGGGGGGGGGGUAGGGAGAUAACAAGAAAGUCAAAAAAAAAAAAAAAAAAAAAAACAUUGAACCGGGCCCGGCCCGGCCCGGCCCGGUUAGGCCCGGACCCGGUAUCAACCCGGGCCGGUUCCGGGCCCAUGUAACCCGAAAAAAAGCCCGCCCGGGCCCGGCCCGGAACCGGAACCGGCCCGGCCCGGGUCCAUCCCUAGGCACAACAGGCAGAUCGUAAACAUCAUUGAAAUCUCCAAUCAAUUGGUCUUGCAGUCUGUCAAUCUAAACUGUGUGCAUCAUUGGGAAUCGAUCUACUCUAUCACUUUGCAUAAGGAAGAUUUUACAUCAUAACCGAAUUCUCUUACGUCAUAUACCGGAAUCUGCUAAUAUUGUGGCGAAUGCUAUCAGCCUUGGAGUUGAUGUUGAAUCUUCCCGUUUUAAAAACAUUCUCAAAUUUGAUGCCAUUGCCUAUCCCUAUGUUUUGUAAUCUUGUUUUGCAUUGCUUUCGGUAGGUUAGGCUCGAUGUCCCCCCUACCUUUCGGAGGUGUCAUUGGUAAAGUCGUAAAGAGGCUUCAUUCAAUGAUGGCCGCUUAUGAACUUAUGAAGGGUUCUUGCUACUUAAAGCAGGUUAGUUUACCAGACUAAUUAUUUCAAUCUUGGUAUUUUUUUCUUUCAUUUUUUCAUUGUGUAGUUUAUGGUGAAGUGGUGAUUAUGGCAACCUACAAGUAUUAUUUAAUUAUUAUCAAUAUGGUCCGAUCCUGAAUGAUAUUGGAGAGUGAGGUUGUUACUUGUAAAACGACUACAGUUAUUUGAAGACACAAUGGGCUUUAAGCAGGCAUGUCUUUAUGUAUUUUCCAAACCAAAGUCUAUUCUCUAGAAUUCUA